AUGGCUCGUCAGUCGAGCAUUUCUGGUUGGACAGGCGUGGGCAAUCCGCCCGCCAAGGCGCCGACCCCUGACGCCCACGCGUGCACGGUCGUCGCUAUCGAUUUGCGUCGCGCCCUCUCAAUCUGGUCGCCAUUGUGGUCACCCCUUUUCCUGUUCGACCCUUCCUACUUCUCGACACAAUGUCCACACCAAACCCACACGACACCGGCGAUCGCCUUAGUAUGUUUUCCCCACCCCGACCGCGACUUCUUGGAGGAGAAGCCGGCAAGUAACCGCGACGGCGGCGGCGGCGGCGGCGGCGGCGGCGGCGGCGACAGAAAAAGCACGUGUGCUGACGAUUCACACUCGCCACGUCACCGCGCCACCAUUGGGCUUUGCGGCUUUUUAUUAUAA